AGCACACCGUAUGCGAUAGAUUUUUGAUUUUGUUGUGGUAAUGGUAUUUUGUUUUGGUGAUUCAAAAGAAAAGUUAAAUAUUACAACCACCAAAUGGCCAAGCUCAGCCUGCAGAGUUACAUCUCGCAAGGGCACGCGGAUGGAGGAGGAGAUGACUUUCCGCUGCAAAUUGUGCAGCAAUUCUUCUUCGCCACGCAUCAACGCAAAAGCAAGACGUUGCCGGCUCUGCGCAGUAGUAGAGAAACGCAGUCUAGUAUUAGUACAACAUCUUUCGCGGCACUGACACAGCCGCCCGAACGACCAGCAAUCGCGAGGACCACGACUGGACACGAGAUGCAGAAGCAAGCAAAAAACGAAACUUCAUCCAAGCUCGACCUACUCUCCCGCCCCUCCUCCUUCGCCGCAGCCACGGACAAACCGCUGAACUGCGACCUGUCCCACCACGGACUGGGGAACCUCCCUUCCCCCGAGGAUUUCUGUAUCCAGUGCAGAUAUGUCUGGGUCUGGAAGAGUGGUCCGAGUUUGUCAUGCUAGUCCUGGUUGGCACCAAUAAAAUCUGUGUUGCGUGAGCAGCAGAAGCACGCGAGGAUGGCAUUUCUAAUGCAGGAGGUUUAGGCAUUUUUGCAGAGCCUUGUCCAAAAGUCAAAGUGUGAUGCUAUAACUCGCAUUCCAGGCCUUCUGGGCCAUGCGAAACCAGCAUGACAGACAAAACAUUCUUCGAGACGCAGACACAUUUGCAUUUGAUAUCCUGCACUGUGAAACGAAACGGCGCGGACGCGGACGAUGCCGAUUUGAAGACGAAGGAGGAGCUAUGCAAUGCAAAGGCAUCGUCCUAGUAUAAAUUGCAUUACAAAUCAGCCCAGCAUUACAAAUUAGCCUGCCCAGCAUUACAAAUUAGCCUGCCCAGCAUUACAAAUUAGCCUGCCCAGCAUUACAAAUUAGCCCAGCAUUACAAAGUAAAUCUGUAAUGCUGAUUUGCCUUGAGAAAGAGAUUUGUAUAUGCAUGAAUGCAAUUACUACGAGCGCGAUACUUUUGCACAGGAUAGGAGCUCCUGGAUGUCGAGUUGAAAAAAGACACCAGCAUUGCGCACUAUUUUGAGAAAUUUAUCCUCGCAAACUUCGACCCUUACACGAAGAUUCCGGAAAAAUCGUAUGCAUUGCAAAAGUAUCGUACUCGUAGUAUUGCAAUACAAAUUAGCUCAGCAUGACAAAUGGAAUUUCUCAUGCUGAUUUAGCUUGAAAAAGAAAUCUGUCUUGCAUGACUGCGACUAGUACGAGUGCGAUACUUUUGCACAGGAUAAAUCGAAGAAAGUGAAAAUCCUCGAGCACUGUCUUUCUGACACGAUAUCCCACGAAAAAACUGUUUCAUUGUGAUGAUUUUGCAAGAUCUGCAUCACAAGUUUGUUACGCAUGACACCCAAAAUUUGUCAUGCGCACUUCCCAAGGGAAAACACGCUGGAAAACCCAAUGCCUUGCAGGUGUAGCAAGACAAAUAGUUCUGUGUUCCAUUUUCUGCAUCACAGGUUCACAGUGAAACAGUUUCUUCUUGCGAUACACGAAGAAGCUACUCCAAUGGCUGACCAACAGCAUCGAGGACUGCAAGAAGAAAGCCCACGACCGGGAGCCAACCAGCAGCCAGGAGCCGGCGGAGUUGGUGCCACUGGCGGCUAUGAACUGCAAAAGUAUCGUACUCGUAUAAAUGCAUUGCAAAUUUCCUCAGCAUGAGAAAUAAAUUUGUAAUGCAGAUUUGCCUUGGAAACAAGAUUUGUAAUGCAAGACUUGCAUUAGCAUGAUUUGUACGAGUACGAUGCUUUUUGCACAGGAUAGCGGCGUAUCAAAUACAAAUGCAUUAUGUAUGCCUGGGUCUGAAGAGAACGAAACUUUAACUUGUGAUGCUCGGUUGUAGAUGAAUGCAGAACUUCUCAAUGCAUGCACGCAUGUCACGAUCAAGAAGUUCUUCCAGCGGCGCUCUCUGCUCUCAAGAACAUCCGUUACUUUUGGCGGACAUGCAACACAGAUUUUCUAGAGUUGGAAAACAUGCUGUAUUUUCCGGACCCAGACAUAUUUGCAUUUGAUACAGCGAACGCGUUAAAAGUGGAGGAAAAGGGGGUCACGGCGCGGCAGGCUCUGGAGAGAGAUUUGAAGCAAUUGAAGGCGGAAUUGAGAAAAGCACCGGAUGAAAACAAUCCGCAAUACGCGCCCUGUGACGCGAAGAAGGGACCACCACCAAGGCCAUGGUGCAUUUUCUUGGACGGACCGAAGGAGCGAGAAGGUGAAGAUAUCCAUACUGAAGAUGAAGUUUGUACUGCUGCGAACCCAGAGACCAGAUUUAGAGGACAGGUGGAAACAAAUGGACCCUUCAUGGGAUCUUUUGGGGCGAAUAUUUUUUGAAAUGCGGAAUAAGAACAAUGAUGUAAAUCUAAAUGCGAUAAAAAAAUCGAACACAGAAGUUAAUGGGCAUCAGAACCUCCGGUCGUUGAUGAUGAAAACGAUACAAAAACAAAAAGCAAUGGAUGGAAUCUGGAGAAGAAAUAUU